AUGAAGCUUUUUAACUUGUUGGUGGCCAUUCUUUUCAUUACCCAGAUUGGAAGUGGACUUCUAGGAAAUCUCUUCCUACUGUGCUAUUAUAUUUCUGCUUUACUCAGUGGCCACAGACUAAGGCCCAUUGACACUAUUUUUGUCAACUUGGCCUUUGCUAACUUGAAAGUUCUUUUGUUCAAGGGUCUCCCUCAAACAAUGUUCUUUUUGGGCAUGAAAAAUUUCCUUGAUCCUUUUUGUUGCAAUCUUAUCCAUUACCUUCAACAUCUGUCCCGAAGUGUUUCCCUAAGCACCACCUGCCUCCUGAGUGGUUUUCAGGUCAUUGCCAUCAGUGCCAGUAAUUCCAGGUGGUCUGAACUCAAAGCCCAAGCCACAAAGUACAUUGUCCAUUCUUGUCUCUUCUGCUGGUGCUUUUACUUGUUGAUAAAUUUGACUAUGCUUGGGAUCAUGCAUAACUCAAGGUUUAAGAGUAACAACACAAGAUGGUGGCAUCUAGGAUAUUGUUCAGUUGCAGCACCUGCCUCAUUUAAUACCACAUUCUAUGGUAUUAUCUUCUCUCUUCCUGAUUUUAUUUGCAUGGCAUUCAUGAUCUGGGCCAGUGUCUACUUGAUUUUUCUUCUUCAUAGACACCAUCAACGAGUCAAACAUAUUCACAACCUCCAUAUUUCUCCCGGAUAUUUUCCUGAGAUAAGAGCCACACAUGCAAUCCUUUUACUCGUGUGCACAUAUGUCUCCUUCUAUUCCAUUGAUUCCAUCUUGUCAUUUUCUGUUUUUCAGUUUGGCAAAUAUGAGUCCUUUCUCCUUCCCAUUGCACAGUUCAUGACUACAUGUUUCCCAACUAUCAGUCCCUUUAUCCUGAUAUCCUAUGAUUCCCAAGGUCACAGAAAUUGGCGUAAUCUAUGGAGCAAGAAAAGUUCUCAAUAA